AUGGCAAUAACAGAUGCUGCAAAGGAAGCAAUAUGGAUUAAAGGUUUACUGUCAGAACUUAAUAUGUUACACAAGGCUGUCAUACUCUAUUCAGAUAGUCAAAGUGCAAUACAUCUUUCUAAGAAUCCUGUAUUUCAUGAGAGAUCAAAACAUAUUCAGAUUAAAUAUCAUUUCAUACGGGAUAUGGUGGAAAGGAAGGAAGUAAAGUUAGAAAAGGUACCUACAGAACUUAAUCCUAUUGAUAUGGGUACUAAAGUUUUACCCCUGAGCAGUACUUGUUUUGCAAUAAGUGGAGAGGUAGAGGCCCUUGUGAAAUGGAAGGACAGCCUUGAUAUGAAUCCAACUACUCAUUCUCUUCUCCGCUCUUGGAAUCUCAGUUCUACUAGUUCAACUUCUCACGAUCUCUAUAAUAAUACCCCCUGUACCUGGGUUGGGAUCGCUUGUAACGGCUUUGGAAGUGUCAUCAACAUUACUCUUUACAGUAGUAAUCUGAAAGGUACGCUUCACAACUUCAACUUCUCCUCCUUUCCUAGCUUACUCGAGCUUAGCCUAUAUAACAACUCCCUUUAUGGAAGUAUCCCCAUGCACAUUGGCAACCUUUCCACACUCACCUCACUUGAUAUAGGGAUCAAUCAUCUCUCGGGAAACAUUCCUUCCCCAAUAUGCCUUUUGACAAGUUUAGGCUUCCUUGAUUUGGCUAGCAAUUAUUUGAAUGGCUCUAUACCACCUCAAAUAGGCUUGUUGGUGUUUCUUGAAGUGAUGUAUGUUUAUAGUAACAAAUUUUCAAGUCGAAUUCCUGUGUCCAUUGGAAACCUGAGCAAGUUAACUGAUUUGGAACUUAGUGAAAGUAAAGUAGUUGGGUCCAUCCCCAAUGAGAUUGGGCAACUUAAAUCACUCACUACGCUUUAUUUGUAUGAUAACCAACUCACUGGUUCAAUUCCAUGGGAAACCUCACCAAGUUAA